CAUCAGCACCAGCAGCAGAGCGGUGGCACCUCCUUGCACGCGACGUUGGCCGUGUGAGCGCCGAGGAGAGGUGUGAAGUGUGUCGGUGGCAGAGCGACGUUUCUCCCGCUUCAGGAUCGACAAACGAAGGGCUCCGAGUGAUGGGGGGAGGAUUGGACAGAUUUAUACUGGUCUCAGUCUGGAACAAGUGAGGUCUUCGGAGAGGGAGAGAGGACACAGCCUAACAUCGGACUCUCCAUGGUCGGGAAAUGGUCUGUGAAGUUUUUCCAUUCGGAAGAACACCUUUUCUUGUGGAGAUAAUUUCUUUAUCCACCCCGGAGGAAGUCGACGUCGUGUGAGAGUAAGUAAGUUGAAGAUAAAGGAAAGAGCCGCCUCUCCACGGGGGUCCUUGCACAUGUGGACUGUCCGCGUUCUUUACGUGCAGGCUGCUCGGUGUUUUCUGGGACCAAUUUCAGGACUUUUAGUCCGAAAAAACAGACUACAAGUUCCUUGGGCGACGGGUAACAGCCCCCUUGCUCCUCUCUCCUCCAGCAGUUUGAACAGAUCCACUCCCUUCUCCCGGCUCUAAGGACCAAGCCUUCACCUCUUCGAUCGCAUGAUGGAUGUAGUAUAUUGUCUUUAACCUGCAGACAGAGGGCUGCUGGUGCUUUGGGGGAUUUGAGCCACUCUUAAACACGACCCCCUCUCUCGGUCUCCACUACAGUACCGUGCAGGGGAUGAGCGCACGCCGAGAGCAUCCUCCCGUCACCUCGCACUGCGUUAGAUGUCAGGCAAACGAUCAACCCCGUGCACGUCGAGCCUCUAGCUCACUUUAAACUCUGUUGUGUUCGCUGUUUGAUUUCCAAUUGGUCGGUAGACCCGUCCUCUCCCGGUGAGAUGACGGAGACCAUGGCGCUGAGUGGGAGCUGUAGGACUAACGCAAAGGAACCGGGCUCGGGGCAGAACAGUUUCCCAGAUGUGGUGGAGCUAAACGUGGGGGGGCAGGUGUACUACACCCGUCACUCCACCCUGGUCAGCAACCCCACCUCUCUGCUGGGUAGGAUCUUCUCCUCCAAGAAGGACGCAGCCCACGACCUGGCCCGGGACCCCAAGGGCCGCUACUUCAUCGACAGGGACGGAUUCCUGUUCCGCUAUGUGCUGGACUACCUCCGGGACAGACAGGUGGUCCUCCCCGACCACUUCCCCGAAAAGGGACGGCUGAGGAAGGAGGCCGAGUACUUUCUGCUGCCCGAUCUGGUCAAAAUCUUGACCCCAGAGGAUCUCAAGCCCUGCAGCCCGGAUGAUUACUUCCACAGUGAUAAUGAGGACGGAUCCCAGGGCAGCGACCAGCGUGUAUGUCCCCCUUCCUCCCUGGUGCCCGCGGACAGGAAGAGCGGGUUCAUCACGGUGGGGUACCGGGGAUCUUGCACAAGGGGCCGCGAGAACCAGACCGACGCUCGGUUCAGGCGUGUGCCCCGGAUUAUGAUCUGCGGCAGGGUGGCCCUCGCUAAGGAAGUGUUUGGGGAGACGCUGAACGAGAGCCGGGACCCCGAUAGAACCCCUGACCGGUACACCUCCAGGUUUUACCUCAAGUUUAAACACCUGGAGCGGUCUUUUGACAUGCUGUCGGAGUGUGGGUUCCAGAUGGUGGCCUGUAACUCAUCAGUCACCGCUUCUUAUGUCAGUCAGCAUACAGAAGACAAGCUUUGGGCCAGUUACACAGAAUACGUCUUUUACCGUGGUCUGUCCCGGUGGUCCUCCCCGCCCUGCGACUGCUGCUGCAAGGCCCACAAGGGCGACGGCGAGGGGGAGAGCGGCACCUCCUUCAACGACCUCUCCACCUCCAGCUCCGAGAGCCAAUCGGAGGCCGGCUCCCCGCAGGGCACGGUGGUCUGCCGCCCCAUCAGCCGCCCGCCGCACGGCCACGGCCACGGCCACUCCCACGUCCAGACCCUGGACCGGCCCCCUAAGAAGGGCCCCGUCCCCCUGGUCCAGCAGCAGUCGGAGCAGCGGCGCAAGAGCGACCUGCUGCGCACGCUGACCGCCAGCUCCCGGGACACCAGCUCCUGCAAGAAGCGGCCGCCCAAGGAGAAGCUGAGUGUGGAGGAGGAGCUGGAGAAGUGCAUCCAGGACUUCCACAAGAUCAAGAUCCCCGAGCGCUUCCCGGAGAGGAAGUACAACUGGCAGGCCGACCUGCUCCGGAAGUACCGCCUUUGAGGGAGAAGGAACGCCACCGAGAAGUUUGGCCUGCUGGGGGGAGUGUGU